CGUUGUUUGAGCCAAUCGUUCCAAGCGAUCCUUGGCGAGACGAGAUGGCGACGAGGACCGUAGACACUGCCGCUCCUGUAGAAGACCCUUGCACUAACCGUAACCCUAAUGGCGGCCGAGGCGGAGGAGCGCCGGUGGCGAAGAAGGUGGUGGUGGUGAUGGGAGCGACGGGGGCCGGGAAGUCGCGUCUGGCGAUCGACCUGGCCUCCCACUUCACCGGCGUGGAGGUCGUCAACGCUGAUUCCAUGCAGGUCUAUCAAGGCCUCGAUGUCCUCACCAACAAAGUCCCUCUCUCAGAACGCAACGGUGUUCCACACCAUCUCCUGGGCACCAUUGACGCGUCCGUGGAAUUCACUUCCAAGGAUUUCCGCGAUCUUUCCAUUCCCAUUAUAGAUGACAUAUUAUAUCGUGGCUGCCUUCCUGUUAUCGUUGGGGGGACAAAUUACUAUAUUCAGUCUCUUGUGAGCCCAUUCCUUAUAGAUGAUGUUGUGGAAGAUGUAGUGUCAUGUUCUAUGAGGGACUCACGUGGUGAACUACGAGAAGACCUUGGCAGUGUUGAUUCAACUGCUAGUUUUGAUAGUCUUAAGGAGCUUGACCCAGUUGCGGCAAACAGGAUCCAUCCCAAUGACCACAGAAAAAUAAACCGUUAUCUCAGCUUGUAUGCAAGCUCAGGUGUCCUGCCUAGUAAUCUUUUUCAGGGAGAGGUUGCAGAGAAGUGGGGACGAGCUGAUAAUUUCAGAUAUCAUUGUUGUUUUAUAUGGCUGGAUGCUUCCCUUCCUGUUCUGGAUAGAUAUGUUAAACAGAGAGUUGAUUGCAUGAUUGAUGCUGGUUUGUUAGAUGAGGUCUAUGACAUAUACCAUCCGGAAGCAGAUUAUACUCGGGGUUUGCGGCAGGCUAUUGGUGUUCGUGAAUUUGAGGCAUUCUUUAGAUGCUACUUCUCUAAGAAAGAGGAUAGCAAGGCCUGCAGACUGGACUUUUCAGACAGUUUGCAUUCCGAUGAUGACCUCAAGAUUUUGUUAGAUGAAGCCACUGACAAGCUAAAAGCCAACACAUGCAAGCUGGCCCGUCGUCAAAGACGAAGGCUUAAUCGGUUGAAGACAUGUUUUGGAUGGGACUUGCAUCAUGUUGAUGUGACAGAAGCCUUAUCUCACUGUGCAGGUGAUUCAUGGCAAACAAAAGUUGUUGAACCUUGUGUUAAUAUUGUUAGAACUUUCUUGUUUGAAAGAGCUAAUUCCUCGACUGGUGUGGCAAUGGUUGGGAAUGAUCAGUGCCAGAAGCUGGUUUCAAGGGACUUGUGGACGCAAUAUGUCUGUGAGCAAAGGAAGCGUAACCAGCAAAAAGAGAUGGUGAUAUACCUACUGGCCUGUGGCAAUCAGAUUCUUCGAGGGGCACAUGAAUGGGAACAACACAAACAAGGCCGUCGACAUCGAAAGAGAAUCCUUCGGUUCAAGAAGAGAUCUCCAAGUUCCUGCUCAGCAGAUCAGCAGCAGCAUCUGACAACUGGGGAGACAUCAUGUUUUACAAUAUCCCUUUCUCCAGCAUCUGCCGAUCGGUCUUUGUAGCUUCUCUGCUGUAAGAUGACCUUAAUUCCUGUUGCAAUAUAGAUGUAUCAGAUUAUCUUCCUGCUAUAAUUUGCUUGUUCUUUCUGCAUCUUAAUAAGCUCCAACAUAACAUUUGUAACGAUGGUUCGAAUUUGAACAGAGAAAAGUAGGUUUCUCAUGCUGCAAAACUCCGCCAUACAUGCCAUUCAUGCCUUUUUUUUUUUUUGCAAGCGCUGCUUAGCGUACGCCUACUGAACUAUGUAGUGGUUAAAUAUAUUGCAUAUUUUUCAGUGAACCUUGAUAAGACCAAUUUAUAUAGCCUGAUACUGUCACUGCACAUAGCAGUUGAUUAUGCGGUUCUCAUAUGCUGCUGUUUUUCAUCAAAUCCAACUGGUCUUUUAUUCUUUUGCGAUUUUGGGUAUGUUGAAGACAGAUGUAGUUAUAAUGAAAAAUCAUCUUUUCAAUAUCUGGUAUGUUUGUAUGAUUCAUAUCAAAGCUUACUGUCUUAAAUAUAUUAAAUCCCAUAUUGCAUCUUUUAUAACAUAAUUUCUCCUUCAGGAACAUCAAGCACAACAAUGAGCCCAUCUAACAGGCCCUAGUAUAUCUAUUUUUUUUUUUUGCGCAUGCACGUCUAAUUCAAUUCUGAAUUUCUUUUUGUUAAGGUCCUCUACGUGAACCCAUCUGUUCAUGUUUUGUGGCAUAGUUUUCUUGGCAUCUUGACGUUUCAAAUCUAUCCUAUGCUCUUAGCAUGGCUUGCGCAUCUUUUCAUCAUCUCUCUUGUCCCACUGCAUUUUAUAAUUUUUUCAUGAGCCAUGAUACGAAUAUCAUGGGCAACACAAACAAAACAGCAAAAAAGAAAAAGAAAGAAAAAGAAAAGAAAUCCGCUUGCAUUUUACCACUUAGAUCAAAAUUGUUGAAGGAAAAACUGGGAGUUCGAGUCUAACUAAAAGAAGACCUUGAUAUAUAAUUUAGAAUCUGAUUCAAAAUAAAAGCUUAAGACGUUAAGUUUUGAUCUCAAUAAUCUAUGUUACUCCAUCUACUUCCACUAAUUAUUGCAUAUAGGACUAUACUUCGUAUAUGAUUCUUAAAAUUCUCCCUCUUCACAUUUGACGUAAUUUCAGCUCUCGCUCUCUCUCUGGCCCGCCCCGUCACUCUUUGAUCAAACUUCUCAAUCAUUCUUGGAAGUGCAUCACAUGUUACUGCUCUAGCACAACAGUUAUUCUCAUAAAAGAUAACAAUUUGGGUGCUUCUACCAUUUUGAAAGUUUUUAUAGGGUAGCCAGCUAAGUUCAAUGCCACUUGUUGGAGAGAGCAAAUAUUGCUGCACCUUUACAAGAAUCCAAUGUACUACCACUCUCCAAUCGGCUAUAUCAAUCCAUCUACCUUCAAUUAAUUGUUGAGUGAACCUCACCUGUGAUCUUCAAUACAAAAUCCCUAUUUGUUAUAGCCUCAAGUUCUACACAUAUGCAUCUAUGUGGAUUUUGGAGGCAUGGUUGUACAGCUGAUAUGUUAUCUAGAGAAUGGAUAGCGUCUAUUGGUGUAAAGGAAAAUCACAA